AUGACCAGCCACUUGAUCGCUCAUGCCGGCAUAAUCGUGCUGGUAGAUGGCUUCAUGCCUUUCGUCGGUGGUAACUUAACUUCCACCGAGACACGGAUUGAGGGUCAUCCAAAGUUGAGGAGGCCCGCUGUAAGCAAGGCGCGUGGCCAGUACGAGGAGACUCAGAAACCUGGUCUGCUUCCCCGCAUUGAGCGACUAGAGAAAGAGGUGAAGAACACGCAAGCACGGCUGUUGAGAGACCUGCGGCAUAAGGUUCGUGAGGAUUUAUAUGAGGAGCAAGCAUUUGUGGAUAUUGAAGCGCAGUUGCCCGGUACCGCAGUCAAGGAAGAGGACGAGGAUAGAUCACCCUUGAAGGACGACAUGUAUCCUCUCCAGUUCCAUCUGAUACAGUGUUUUGUUUCAUGUCCAAUCUCGAACUCAUUAGAGGAUGACUGGAAUCGGCGCGAUGCAGGUGCUGACGCAGUCGCGCAUUCAUCUCCCCUGAACAAGACAUUUGAAAACAAGGUCAACUGGGCCCUUGAACGGUACAAUAUCCCUGGUAUUGCUGUAUCUGUGGUUCGCGGUGAUGAUAUCUUCGCCAAGGGCUAUGGAACCUCCGAUAUAUCCGGAGGCGUUUUUAAACCAGUCACAGAGCAUACUUUAUUUGAAGGAGGCAGCACAUCCAAAGCGUUUACUGCGGCAGCAGUCUCCCUACUUGUAGAUGACAACGAAAACUUCCCCGACAUCCAAUGGGAUACACCCGUACAUAAUAUCCUGCCAGAAUUUAUCCUUGAGAACCCGUGGGCUACCGCGCAAGUCACAAUUGAAGAUAUCCUAUCCCAUCGCUCCGGCUUGCCGCGUCACGACUGGAUUUGGAAUGCAAAUAUUACUUCUCAAGAAGCUGUAUCUAAACUCCGCCAUGUACCCUUAACAGCGCCAAUCCGCACAAAAUGGCAAUAUAAUAAUCUAAUGUUCAUAACAGCUGGGCUUCUAGUCGAGAAACGAACAGGCCAAUCACUGAAAGAUUUUCUCCGCAGCCGAAUCUGGGAACCCUUAAAUAUGACAGAGACCUAUCUCUCCCCAGUUGAUGCCCAAGCCGCAGGCGAAGAUAUAGCCCAAGGAUACUACUGGAGCUCCGAAAAUCAAUUUAAGAACGCAGGUAACCCUUCGCCAGAUAAUAUCCGCGGGGCAGGAAACAUCCUUUCCUCUGCGACUGACUACGCAAAAUGGCUGCGAGCGAUGAUCCAUCGUCGAGCCCCACUCUCACCAGCCGGACAUGCCGCAGUUACAGGCGCCCAUAGCAUCGUCCUUCCGCAAGUACUAACCCCAUAUUCGGCACCAACUCUGUAUGGAUUCGGGUGGAACCUGCAAUCAUAUAAGGGACAUGCCGUGGUCCAGCACAGCGGUGCAAUAUGGGGCUUCGGAGCCCUGGCGCUGUUCCUGCCCGACCUACAGCUCGGAGUUACUAUCUUCGGGAAUAAUCAGGCUCCGAUAGGUGUCGUUUCAUUGCUCUUGGCCUAUCAUAUUAUCGACGAGAUUUUGGAAAUCCCGGAUGAGGAUCGGUUCAAUUGGAAAGAAUUAGCCGACGGUACCUUAAACCUCACCAUAUUUCCACCCCCCGAAACCCUCUAUCCAAAAAUCCCCGAUACAGCCCUCUCCCCCCCUCUUCCCCUCUCUAACCUAACUGGAAUAUACACCCACCCGGCCUAUCCAACCCUCAAUAUCACCACAGACUGCCCCCACAAACCAAUUCUCCCACCUUUAACCAACAGCAAGGAGACACUACGAUUGUGUUGCUCUGUGGUCAAUAGUAUCGAUUUACCACCGUCGUUCUUGAACGAACUCAUACACUUCUCGGGCGACCACUGGAUCUUCGGAUAUAGUAUCAGUGAGAUGACGUGGACUAUGAGAGCAGAGUUUCGGGUUGGUGCAGAUGGAUUAGUGUGGAAGCUGGGGAUCGAGGCGGAUGAUAUGAUGGCGAGGCUGAGGGAAAAGAUUUGGUGGGUAAAGAGUCAAUAG